UGGGGGCAUCGAAUCGGUAAAGUGCCAGCACGCCGGGCCUCGUGUGCACUUGAUCAUCAGUGAGACAGUUGCAUUAACAAUUUUAUAAUUUUCUCCUGUUCAUCAGAUCGCUCGAUUAUCUCUCGUUUAUCGCGGGUCGAUUGGAGAUGUAAUGAACGAUUGUGAUUGUAAUUCGGUAAUUGUGGAUGGGAGGGGGGAGACGUAAUUGAGGGGAGUUGCGACGUAUGAAUUUAUUUAGCUGAGCUCCAUAUGAGAAUGAGAUUCGUGGAUUGAGUGACACAAAAUGGACGAGAAUUAGUGGUUUGAUGGAAUAUUUUGAGUGGAUUAUGGUGAUCGGAGACUGACAGGGACUUGCUGGGACCGUUUUUUGGGGGGCUCGGGGUUACGUCGCUUUCUCAUUUCUCUCUCUCUUCUCUCUCUUUCUCUCUCUCACUGGAUAUUGGAGGCAGGACGUGACGCUGGGCGGUGAGAGACGUUGAAAAUGGCUCGUGUUACGUGUCGGCUAUAAACACACGCGGGUUUACAUGGUUUUUGAGGGGGUUGGAGGGAUUUUUUUGAGGUAAUUGACGUGGUUUGGCGGGUGACGGGCGACGAAUUUUCAGGAGUGAGGUGGACAGACUCUCAAACACGGUACAAUGCCACGUGUUAGAAGCCGUCAAAUUGUCCUGGAGGACCCGUCCAGGCCAGUCACACCAGACAUGGCACAUACAAAACUAAUAAAAACAGAAUUCAUCGGAGAUGGAUCCCUAGACGGGCAAGUCCAGAAGGUCACAGAGGAGACCCCAAGUCCCCACUUACAGGACCACCAGUACGGCCAGACCCCACAUUACCAGGUAACAAGACGCCCAGCGCAGCCGAUACCUCGUCCAGAACAAAUAUCAGUUCAAGCUGUGAAACGACGUUUAAAUCUCGAAGUGACCUCUUCAGCCCCAGUCCCAUCGACCUUCAAAGCACCAAGGGGUAAACGUCGAAGAUCAGGCUCAAAUUCAUUCACUCACACACCAGCUAAAAGCAAAACUGUCGAGAGAACGCGGUACGAUACGUCACUGAGUCUUUUAACAAAAAAAUUCAUUAAUCUCGUUGAAAGCAGUAGCGAUGGUGUUGUUGAUCUCAACGUGGCGUCUGAAAAAUUGGAAGUACAAAAGCGAAGAAUAUACGAUAUUACGAAUGUCCUAGAGGGUAUUGGGAUACUCGAGAAGAAGAGUAAAAAUAAUAUACAGUGGAAGGGUGGACAAUUACCUGGUGAACAAAAUGACAUACUAGAGUUAAGGAAGGAAAUUAAUGAUUUGGAGGCCAAGGAAAAUACACUGGAUAGAUUGAUCCAUGGUGCUGAGGAGAGAUUACGUGAAUUGUGCGCUGAUAGGCAAUUUGCCUAUGUCACUUAUCACGAUCUCAGGUCUGUACCUGCUUAUAAGGAUCAGGCGAUAAUGGCGGUUAAGGCACCACCUGAGGCGACACUUCAUGUACCACAACCGGUCAAUAAUUUGGGACCACCCAAAUUGCAGAUUCAUAUGCGAUCGUCCUUUGGGGAGAUCGAGGUGUUUCUGUGCCCUGAUGAUCCUACUGUUAAGGUCAAUAGUCCUGAUUUAGGGGAGAAGGAGAGUGUUUUACCCAGGGAAUUCAUUGUCGAUGAUGAAAGCAAGAGAGAGGGAAGGGGUCAGUCGAAGAGGAGGUAUCGGGUGCCGAAGAGUGAACCGGUGGAUAACGUUGAGGAUGUUGUGGCGUCGACUUCGUCGUCUGGUAUGAGGGAUGCCUUGUUGAGUGAGAGCGAUGACUUCGGUCCUAUGGGAGGCGGCAGAUUCCAACUGCAGACUGAGGAUCAAAACCCAACGACAGACGUUAAUAUAUUGGACUUAAGUGAGUCCCUAUUAUCACUGGAGCCACCAUUAUCUGAGAAUGACUACUCGUUUUCACUCGCAACCGAAGAGGGCCUUUCAGAUCUCUUCGAUUUUCCAUUUUAGGAUUUUUUUAAAUCACUUGCAAUUCAUUGAAAGGAUAGUAAAUGAAACAGAAUAACAAUUGGAGAAUAAUGCUAAGUCGAUGAAAUCAUGUGUCUUUUAACAAUUUAAAAAAAAAAACAUGGAAAUUUAAUCUGAGUUCGUCUUCCCAGCAUGAAAAAAUCAGUGGCUCAAGAGCAAAUGGUUAGUAAAAUUUGUAAAAAGAAGAAAAAAACUGUUUUGCUUAUUACUUUCUUAAGUAAUAUUAUUAUUAUUAUUAUUAUUAUUAUUUUGUUAAAUUUAAAUGUAAAACCAAACAUAUCACGAAAUAACGAUUUUUCUCAAUUCAUACAGAUUUUCGUCGACUUGCUAUUAAAGAAAUCAGAAUGAAAAUUCAUAGCAAUCGAGAGAUUUGGAAAACGUUCUUUCAGUGCAAUUACAUAAUUUAUUGAAUUAAGUUUAUCGAAUUAAAUCAUUUCAAUUUAAUUCUCAUUACCAAACUACGUGAGCGUGAUUCAUCAUUCUUAUUAUUCUUCAAAUUUUUCGACAAAAUCCGUUUUUGAUAUUUCAAUUAUUUAUAGGUAUUUUCAUUUUUUUUAUCCCGUAAGAACAACAUUGAGAAGACAGAAACUCUUCUAGAACUUGGGGAAUUGUUCUAAAAAUCAAUCUGAUACCUGAAUGAUAAUUAAAUCUUAAUUAUUUAUAGUAAAAUCAGUGAUCAAUUAAUCUGAAGGAGACGAACUCAAAUGUCGUACAAAAAAUAAAAACCUAACAUCAACAGAAAAAUACUAAAAAUGACCGGAAUAAGGGAAGUGGAAAACUGAAAAAAUGGCGGCGAAAUGAAUUUUUUUCCAUGAUCGAUCUCUUGUGAAAAAUUGACGGAUUUCAAGGUUUUUGUUUUUGGUUUUUGAAGGGUGUGUGCAUGCACGCCUUCGCGACAUCCAAUCAUUUGAUAAAUUCUACUGUCCGAUGUUCUCCUAAUUUAUUUUAGUUGAAAAAAAAGUCUUUACACUAUCAUCUGGCCUUGCCACGUCGAUAGUUAAUCUCGGUUGUCUAAGAUAAUUGUAUAUUUAAGAGAUUUUUAAUAACAAAAUCAAAAAAAAAAUCUAAAUCAAAUGGAUCUUGUCAUUGAAAAUCUCUUAAAGGAUGUACAAAGUCUGUUGUACGUCCGAAGCCAUAGUGCCUACACCAUUAAAAAACGGAUGAAUAAAUUGUCACACACCUUUUACUGCACCUGUAAAUAAUUAACCAUUCAUACUUGUAAUGCAUUGAUUAUAAAAAAAAUAAAUAGUACUAGGUAUUAAGAAGUGAAAUGAAAAGAAAACAAAAUACAUUUUUUUUAUUGAACGAAUGAGGUUUGAUGGAAAAAAAAACUUGUAUCAUUAGUAAGAUACGCUCUAUAAAAAUUAGUUAUUUUUAACUAAAAAGAAAAUACAAAUUAUUUGAUAAAACAAAUAAUCGACGAAAUGUUAGUUUAUAUAGUUAUUAUAUAAUAUUAUAUAAAUAUUAAUGUAUAUAUGUCUGCACUUGUAUAAUCGAGGGAUGCCCAUUGCGUUGCUCUAAGUGUACAGGGACGACAAGACGAAUUACAAUAUUUCGAUGAGAAAUUUUGUUGAGAUAAAUUUUCGAUGAUUUUUCAAUGUCAGUUAUGGUUAAUUGUGCAUCCCUUAAUACUGCAAUUUCUUUGUUGUUAUAUGAAUAUUGAUUUUUUUUUCUCGGCUAUUUAGUUUGAUUUUCUGAGUGUUGAGGAUGAGAUGGUGGAAGUGAUGGUGGGAUAAGGAGAUAAGUAUCUUUAUUAUUGGUAUUUUUUGAUUAUCUCAUUAAUAGUUUCAUAGUGACACGAGGAAUAACUGGGAAUUGUUUUGGGGUUGAUUUUUUUGGAGAUAUUUCGGAAGGGUUAUUUUAAUACCCUAAACCAGUUAUGGAAAUAUUUUCAAAAUAAUUGCGAUCAAGUGUGUCUGGAUUUCAAUCAACGAAUUGUCAUUUGACUGAUUUUGACAGUGAACAGCUCAGUAGCAAAGUGGUAAAAUGAGUAUUUUAAUGAAUAUCUAAAUGAUAAUCCAGAAAAUCUGGCAUUUUCCCUGACUCCACUUCUUCCAGAGAUAUCUUCAAAAUGGAUUCUGUUGAACCGUUUUACUAUUCUCUUUGAACAGUUCAAUGAAUCUAAUUGAAUCAAUAAUCCCGAAAAUCAAAUGAUUAGUUUACAUGGGUUCUUAUACCAGUUCAUUGAUUUUGCAAAGUGGUUUUGGAAAUUAGAUGCAUCUCUUUAUUCCACUCGACUGCAAAAAAAAUAUUGCAAUACCCUAGGAACAUUGAAACAUUGGUAGUAAUAACUAUUUUUUACUCAGGUAUAGUGGGAGAGUAAUUAACCCAUAUUUACCAACCAGAUGCAAUUUUUUCAACUACGUGCGUAUGGAUAUGUGUAACGAAUUGUAUGAAGUAACAAUUUGUCAUUUGUUAGAAAAUUAAACAAAAACAAAUUUCAAUUCUUUUUAUUAAUGAUGACAAAGUGAAGUUUAAUAUCAGUCUGAUGAUUGUCUAUGAUCAAAUUGCCGGAUAUGUCAUGUGUAUCGGCAUAUCAGCAUGGAUGGAGUGAAGAAAAAUAUAAUCUUAUGUAAUUCAAAUGAAAA